UCAACCAGGCAACAAGUGUUUGCGAGUGCCAGUGUCACAUCCUUGCCGUAUCCCAGUCAGCAGUUGAGGGAAAACCUUUCCAAAGAUGGGUAUCGCCUUAAUGUUCCUGCUGGCCCUCUACCAGAUGCAGUCGGCCAUCCACAGUGAGAUCAUUGAGACUCCGUUUGCAGUUGGCGGGAACUCCUUGUUGGAGUCCCCGGAUAUCGCGUCCGAGAUCCUGGAUCAGGUCCCCCAGCAGGAUAACGAACUAUUGGAACCAGAGAAGGCCCAACUGGAGUUUAAUCACCCCAUUUCGGUUAUUGGGGUGGAUUAUGGCAAAAAUGCUGUUAUCCUCAGGUUCCAGAAGCACGGUCGCAAGCCGCGCUACAAGUACGACCCGGAACUGGAGGCCAAGCGGAGGACCCUACAGGACAAUUUCAUGCACUUCGGCAAGCGGCAAGUUGAGGAACUCCCGCUUGAAGAUGAUCCGGACAUGGAUGCAGUAAAGCGUUCGGGCAUCUCACAGCAGGAUCUCAUGCGAUAUGGUAGGGAUCCAAAGCAGGACUUUAUGCGAUUCGGACGAGAUCCCAAGCAGGAUUUUAUGAGGUUUGGAAGAGCCCCGUCCGAUUUCAUGAGGUUUGGGAGGACACCACUAGAGAAUUUCAUGAGAUUGGGGCGCUCUGACAACUUCAUGAGGUUUGGACGCAGUCCUCACGAGGAGUUCCGCAGUCCCAAGCAGGACUUCAUGCGUUUCGGGCGUCCGGAUAACUUUAUGAGGUUUGGCCGCUCUGCUCCGCCGGAGUUCUCCCGCAAUGGAAAGAUGGACUCGAACUUUAUGCGUUUUGGCAAAAGUAUCAAGCCAACAACUUUAGAACACAACCAAACGAAGCCGGCAAAGCUUAGCGAGAAUAUCCUCAAAAAGGAGCAGCAGGAACAGGCCAAGAGCAACGUGGACAUUGCAUCAGCGGACGACGACCAGGAGCCAUUCUUUGCACAGUAAGGAUGGGGUCUCCUGCCAAAGAUUCCAUCUUGUAAAUAUGUAUUUGACAAACACACUUAUCGAAUUGUCCUCCUCCGCACUCAAACACUCUUUAUUAACGCCUAGAUCUUGAAUUUUUAAUGGGGCUGGAUUAAAAAUUCACCAAGCAUUGACCUAAAUAUACUUAUAAUAUAUGCAUAUUUUUAAUUAGUGUAACCUAAAAGCAUAUUUUUGCCAAAAAAAUUCCA